AUGUGGAACGGUACGUCCCACCACCGACCUCCCGAUCCCCCUCACACCCGGCCUCUCUCCCCGGAGCCUCUCUCCCCGGAGCCUCUCUCCCCGGAGCCUCUCUCCCCGGAGCCUCUCUCCCCGGAGCCUCCCUCCCCGGAGCCUCUCUCCCCGGAGCCUCUCUCCCCGGAGCCUCUCUCCCCGGAGCCUCUCUCCCCGGAGCCUCUCUCCCCGGAGCCUCUCUCCCCGGAGCCUCUCUCCCCGGUGCCUCUCUCCCCGGAGCCUCUCUCCCCGGAGCCUCUCUCCCCGGAGCCUCUCUCCCCGGUGCCUCUCUCCCCGGAGCCUCUCUCCCCGGAGCCUCUCUCCCCGGUGCCUCUCUCCCCGGUGCCUCUCUCCCCGGUGCCUCUCUCCCAUCCCCGCUGUGCGGCAGCUCGGUCCGGGUGUUAG